AAACCAACUUCACUCCAGAAUUAGCUCAAUCUCUAUCCUCUGCCCCAAAACGGCAAUAAUUUUCCCGAGAAACAAACAAAAACUUCUCUCUCUCUCUUCUUAUAUUUCACCGCCUUUUUCUACCAAUCCCUCGUCAGAACUUUCCAAAAGAAGACACUCGUUUGUUUCAUCUUCAGAUUCUCUCUCUAGAAUUGCAGGAUCAGCAAUGGGGUCCGCGGAGCAGAGGAUCCUAGUCACCGGCGGGGCGGGCUUCAUCGGCAGCCACACGGUGGUUCAGCUCCUCCACGAAGGAUUCGCCGUCUCCAUCAUCGACAACCUCGACAACUCCGUCAUUGAGGCUGUCGAUAGGGUUAGGGACCUGGUGGGCCCCGAGCUCUCCAGGAAGCUUCGUUUCCAUCUGGGUGAUCUCAGGAAUAAGGAGGAUCUGGAGAAGCUAUUUGCCGACACUAGAUUUGAUGCUGUGAUCCAUUUUGCUGGCCUAAAAGCCGUAGGGGAAAGUGUUGAUCACCCUCGUCGUUAUUUCGACAAUAAUUUGAUUGGCACAAUCAAUCUUUAUGAGGUCAUGGCAAAAUACAAUUGUAAAAAGAUGGUUUUCUCAUCGUCUGCAACUGUCUAUGGUCAACCUGACAAGAUACCUUGUGUUGAGGAUUUUCCGUUGGUCGCUAAGAAUCCGUAUGGGCGAACCAAGCUUUUCCUUGAACUAAUUGCUAAUGAUAUUUAUAACGCUGAGCGAGAUUGGAGAAUUAUCUUGUUGCGGUACUUCAACCCUGUUGGUGCUCACGAAAGUGGUAAGAUCGGUGAAGAUCCAAAGGGCAUUCCAAACAAUUUGAUGCCUUACAUACAGCAGGUAGCUGUUGGAAGGUUACCCGAGCUUAACGUAUAUGGUCAUGAUUACCCGACAAAGGAUGGUACCGCAAUCCGAGACUACAUACAUGUUAUGGACCUAGCAGAUGGCCAUAUCGCUGCUCUUCGGAAGCUUUUUACAGCAGAGAAUAUAGGUUGUACUGCUUAUAACUUGGGUACCGGGCAAGGAACAUCGGUGCUUGAAAUGGUUGCUGCAUUUGAAAAAGCAUCUGGCAAGAAAAUCCCGUACAAACUAUGUGAAAGGAGGAAAGGAGAUGCUACAGCCGUUUAUGCAUGUACAAAGAAAGCUGAACAAGAACUUGGUUGGAAGGCGAAAUACGGUGUAGAAGAGAUGUGCAGGGACCAGUGGAACUGGGCUAGCAACAAUCCUUGGGGUUACCAGUCUAAGCCUUGAACUUGAAUGCCAUACAUAUGAAUGUAAGACACGAGUUAUCUAACCCCUCAGCUCUUGUACUGGUCAGAGUUAGAACAGGAACCCGUUGGAAAGUUGUUGGACAACUUGAUAUAUUGCUCUUUAAAGUAAAAAAUAAAAGUUACUACUUUACGACAAAAUGUUUUCUUUAGCAUGUUACUCAUUAUUCUUCUAGUAAUAGUCCUACCAGCAGGUAUUUGUGAAUUGUGAAAAAGGUGUAAACAAUUGAUUGCUAUAAAUUAUUUACGAGUCCUUUUUGACUCUUCAAAGAGCUGUAUGGAAAAUGUUGUCAAUGAAAUGGAAUGCAAUGGAAUCAGGAUUUGGCUCUGUA